AUGAUUCGCUUUUUUGCAGAGCUGGAGCCAUCUCUAUCCGUCACUGAGCAAAACCUGGCAGACCGAGUUCGGUACAUCCUGCGCUCCAAUAUAUUUGGUGACGUCGAACUCGAACGACUACAAGGGCUGAUGUUGAAUGCGGCGCCACUAAUUGCGCAGCAAACUGCAAAUGUGGACGCUGCCGUCAAUAUUCCAUUUGUGGUUGAUUCAGACGUUGAUGGAAUAGUCCCCCACGAACUAGAGAAAAUGAGGAGCAUAUUGGAAGAGUCGAUGCUGGAAAUGCGCAGCAUGCCUCUCAAAAAUCGACCGCGACUUCCCCCGCAUACCCCUUAG